GGCCACGGUUUGCCAAGAGAAGGGAUCUGGAGUCUCGCUACGUUGUCGACGGCUGGGUCACCGUUGUAUGGGGGGUCAUGGUCGUGCGCAGCGACGACGAUGACCCUCUCGUCGUGCCGUGCUCCGACAUCGGGGCCCAUCUUGGCCGGCUCCUCGAUGACGGUAAUUCCGACGUCUCCUUUGUCGUCGGCGGUGACACGUUCCCGGCGCACCGGGCCGUGCUCGCCGCCCGGUCGCCGGUCUUCAAGGCGGAGCUCUUCGGCUCCAUGGCAGAGUCCACGAUGUCGAGCAUCACGCUGGCAGACAUUGCGCCUGCAACAUUUGAAGUCUUCCUCCGGUUCAUCUACACCGACGCAUUGCCUGACACUCCUAUCGAGACGUGCAAGCAUCUGCUUGCCGUGGCCGACCGCUAUGCAAUGGAGAGGCUGAAGAUCAUGUGUGCCAAGAAGCUGUGGGAUGGUGUGUCCGUGGAUACAGUGGCGGACACUUUAUCUUGUGCUGAGACAUACAGCUGCGCUGAGCUGAAAACCAAGUGAAUUGCUUUCUUUGCCGAGGAGGAAAACUUCAGGGAGGCCGUGUUAACGGAUGGUUUCGUCGCGUUGGUCCACAAGUUCCCAGGAAUUAUUGCUGAGCUAAGGACCUCGAAAAAAAGGAAGAAGGCUAAGAACUAGAGAGAUCAUGAUGCCCGUGUGUUGCAACCUGCGAAUUCAGUUGUUCACGUAUGGUUUAUGUCACCUAGUAUUUUGAUAUCUUUUCAAGCAUAUCCUGUACGAAUUUUAUGAGCUCGGAAAUCCUGGUAGCCUAACCUUUAAACUGAUCUUAUUAUUUGCA